CAAACAUCGCCGGCUAGCUGCUCGCUGCUUGUGCCACAAUUCUCCAAUUCCUUUGCUCGCAAAUCACUCUCUAUAAAAAUCAAUCGAAAAUGCGGAAAUUCGCAGCUGAAAAAACCAGACAUCUUUUAGCCCACUGGAAAGUUUCCGCCGCCGUGUCGCAGCAUCCCGCCGCCCCGCUUUAUUCGUUGUCUUCUCUGCAAAAAUCGGAUUCCCUUUUCUCCACCGCCGUUCUUCUGCGCCGUUUGAACACCGUAGCUGAUAAACCCAAUCCAUCAUCCGAGGCGUCUUCUGGUUCUAUGGCUUCUGAUUAUUCGUGUACACCGGUUAAGAUCGAUUCGAUCAAUCCCAAGGUUUUGGAGUGUGAAUAUGCUGUUCGAGGCGAAAUUGUGAUCCUUGCUCAGAAAUUACAAGAGCAAUUGAAGGUCAAUCCAGAUGCUCAUCCAUUUGAUGAGGUCCUUGCUUUAUGUGAUCAUCCUGCUAUUUUGGAUAAAUCUGAAACACAGGGUUUAUUUAGUGCUGACUCCAUUGAACGAGCAUUUGAAAUCCUGGACCAAAUUCCUGGAAGAGCCACCGGUGCUUAUAGUCACAGCCAGGGUAUCAAAGGACUGCGUGAUACAAUUUGCAAAGGCAUUGAAGCCCGUGAUGGAUUCCCAGCUGAUCCAAAUGAUAUUUUCUUGACAGAUGGCGCAAGCCCUGCGGUUCAUAUGAUGAUGCAGCUACUAAUACGAUCAAAGAAUGAUGGCAUUCUGUGCCCUAUUCCACAAUAUCCGCUUUAUUCUGCUUCAAUUGCACUACAUGGUGGCACUCUCGUUCCUUAUUUCCUUGAUGAAGCUACUGGAUGGGGACUUGAGAUUUCCGAACUUAAAAAACAGUUAGAAAGUGCCAAAGCUAAGGGCGUUAGUGUCAGGGCCUUGGUGGUUAUAAAUCCUGGCAAUCCCACAGGGCAGUAUCUAAUUACGUUUCUUCUAAAGGUUCUGGCUGAGGACAACCAAAAGCAAAUUGUGGACUUUUGCAGGAAAGAAGGGAUUGUUCUCUUGGGAGAUGAGGUAUACCAAGAAAAUAUUUAUGUGCCUGACAAGCAGUUCCACUCCUUUAAGAAAAUUGCACGGUCAAUGGGUUACGGGGAGAAAGAUAUUUCCUUGGUGUCUUUCCAGUCGGUGUCAAAAGGAUACUACGGAGAAUGUGGAAAAAGAGGAGGCUACAUGGAAGUUACUGGAUUUAGUCCCGAAAUAAGGGAGCAGAUUUAUAAAGUGGCAUCAGUGAACCUUUGUUCUAACAUUUCGGGUCAGAUUCUUGCAAGUCUUGUCAUGAACCCUCCAAAGGUGGGAGAUGAAUCGUAUGAGUCUUAUUCUGCAGAGAAAGACGCAAUCCUAUCCUCCUUGGCAAGGCGUGCAAAGAGCCUUGAGGAGGCACUCAAUGAUCUAGAAGGAGUGACAUGCAACAGAGCAGAAGGGGCAAUGUAUCUGUUUCCUCGAGUUCAAUUACCCAAUAAGGCAAUAGAAGCUGCAAAAGCUGUUAACACGGCCCCUGAUGCAUUCUAUGCCCGUCAGCUCCUUAAUGCCACUGGAAUCGUAGUUGUUCCGGGUUCAGGAUUUGGACAGGUCCCUGGAACAUGGCAUUUUAGAUGCACGAUAUUACCUCAAGAGGAUAGAAUUCCAGCUAUCAUUUCUCGUCUCACUGAAUUUCACAAAAGAUUCAUGGAUGAAUACCGCGACUGAGGACCUUGCUAUCAUCUUUUCAGCCGCCAAGAAGAGAAUAUAAUGUUUUUGAGUAAUAUUUUUCGACCUUGUUAUUGUAUGUAUCUCAAGGCAUAUAUUUCAUCCACAACCGAGAAUUCUCCUUUUGUACUAAUACAAGCAAUCAGAAGAUUUUAACUGCGCGCGGCUUAAAUUUUCGUGUCUUUGUUGUUUAAGAUUUUUGCUCUGAGUAAUAAUAAUAAUAAUAAUAAU